AUGCUUCGCGUGGUGGUGGCUCUGGCGCAGCUGCUGCUGCUGGUGUGUCGCUGCAGCGGUGUGACGUCGCUUGCGGGCGUCAAGAGACACGCUGACAGCCAAUACCCGUAAGCACACGAAGGGAGCGAGGGAGGUUCUUUCACUCAUUCACACGUGUCUCGUGGUGUUUGUCUCAAGUGUGUGUGACGUCGCCAUCAACGGCUCCGUCUGUCAUUCUUCGGGUGCUGGUGUGCUGUUGUCCGAGGCGCGCCAAUACGGACGCGUUGCCAAAUACUCGUUCGACAGCAGCGGACCACUCGACAGGCACACAACACACACACACAGACAGACAUCGACGCACUCCCACACACAUGUCUCUUUCUGUUCUCUGUGCUCACACAUGCAGUUCUGGUUUUGCAAAUCACGGUGUGAAUGGCGACAUGAUUCUGGCGGCGCCGUCUCUGUUCGCCGGUCGCAGCGGUGCCGUCUUCUCGGUCGACGACAGCCCGUACCUGCGGGUGCCCCACUCGCCGCUGCUGCUGCACUCGAGUGACUUCACCAUCAUGGGAUGGUUCGCCAUCCAACAGCCACGCUGGCUUUCCCGCCGGCACAUGUACCCUCCGCUUUGUCCUUUGGUCCUCAAAGGCCGCCUGCCCACCACACACACUGGUGGCAACGGCAAGCGCGUCGAAAUGAGCCCCGCCCUGAUGUACAACACCACAUCGCUGCGCCUCAAAGUCCUGCUGUCCACCACCUCGUCCGGCGCCACAGCAGUCGAGACACUCGACAGCAACGCCAGACUCUCACUCGUACGCACACACACACACACACACGCACACACAGACACAGACAUCUGCGUCUCCGUCCCUCUGUCUGUGUCCAGCACGUGUGGACACAUCUGGCGGUGGUGCGGCACUCCCAGCGGCUGAGGGUGUAUGUCGACGGCCUCCUCGACAGCACGCUGCUGACGGUCGGCCUCACUCGCCCAAACGCCGAGCCGCUCUACAUCGGCGGCGCGCCCCGGACGCAGACGGCCUGUCGAGCCCCUAUUUUGGUCGACGAGCUGAAGGUCUUCAACCGCUCCCUGUCGAUGGCCGAGGUCAUGGCCGAGGGCAACGCGGGAGUGGCGGGGAGCGAACAGGGCUUCGUUCGGCUGUCGUGCGCCCACUGCACCAUGGCCGAGGGAGUGAGGGGCUGCCGAAACACAGCGGGAUACCACUUCUGCACCACAAGGGGGCUGCAGUCGGGCGGUAUGUAAUAAUCAUGACGACACACAAAGGCAGACAAUCCAUUCAUCGUCGUCACAUGUGUGUGUGUCUGGCAGCUUUGGCUGUCGCUCGUCAGCUCGGCUGGUAUGUGACGGGCAAGACGGCCGUCCUCUCGCAACCCAACAAAGAGACGAUACAGACACCAAGUGAGACACACACGAGGUGAUUGCCGCGUGAGCAUGUCAGCGUGUGUGUGUGUGUGUGUGUGUGUGUAAGGCUCGUCUGAGGGUCUGGGGCUGUGCUGCCGAGACCAAAUGGCCACCCAAUGA